UGUUAUCUGGACGCCAUCAGAGAAGCACUCAACACCAUGACUGAAGAACGACCAACUGAUGGGGGGGAAAUUGUCAGGUGUCAGUUGUUUGAGGUGGGACCUCGAUACUUCAAUUUAGCCUACAUAGGAGAGGGAGCUUAUGGCAUGGUGGUAUCCGCAAAUGAUAGUGUUACGAAGACAAAGGUGGCAAUUAAGAAAAUAUCUCCUUUUGAACAUCAGACAUACUGCCAAAGGACCCUAAGGGAAAUCAAGAUUCUUACGAGGUUCAAACAUGAAAAUGUAAUCGACAUUCGUGAUAUUAUACGGGCCCAAAAUAUAGAAGCCAUGAAAGAUGUUUAUAUUGUCCAGUGUCUCAUGGAAACUGACUUGUACAAGUUACUCAAAUCUCAGAAACUAAGUAAUGAUCAUAUCUGCUACUUUCUGUAUCAAAUUCUCCGAGGAUUGAAAUAUAUUCAUUCAGCAAAUGUUCUUCACCGUGAUCUUAAGCCAUCAAAUCUCCUGCUGAACACCACCUGUGACUUGAAGAUUUGUGAUUUUGGUCUAGCGCGUGUUGCAGAUCCAGAACAUGAUCAUACAGGAUUCCUAACAGAAUACGUAGCAACUCGUUGGUAUAGGGCCCCCGAGAUCAUGCUCAAUUCAAAGGGUUAUACAAAAUCCAUUGAUAUCUGGUCAGUUGGAUGUAUUUUAGCAGAAAUGUUAUCAAAUCGACCGUUGUUCCCUGGUAAACAUUAUCUUGAUCAACUUAAUCAUAUCCUGGGUAUUUUAGGUUCCCCUUGCCAAGAGGAUCUUGACUGUAUCAUUAAUGAAAAGGCAAGAAGUUAUCUUCAGUCAUUACCCUACAAGCCAAAGGUACCAUGGACCAAGCUGUACCCAAAUGCAGAUGCCAAAGCUUUGGACUUACUCGAUAGGAUGCUGACAUUUAACCCACACAAACGUAUUACUGUUGAAGAAGCACUUGCCCACCCAUAUCUAGAGCAGUACUAUGACCCUGCAGACGAGCCUGUUGCUGAAGAACCAUUCAAGUUUGAAAUGGAACUCGAUGACCUUCCAAAGGAGAAACUCAAGGAAUUGAUAUUUGAAGAAACUGUGUUAUUCAAGCAAAGGCUUGCUGCCGAGACACCAAUGCAACAGAAUUGAGAUGUGAAAUUUUGCGAUUAUUGAGGAAUAAUGCACUAUUAACAAAAAUAAAUAAAUAAAUAAAAAAAAAAAGAGAGAGAGAGUUGGUCUCAGGAGGUGUUUCUGGCUGUAUUGCAUUGUUAAGGGUAUAUCUAGAAGCAUCAUGACUUUUGCAAAGGAUUCAGGCAAUGUUGUUCAUGAAUUAAAGUGCAUCUUCAAAAAUUGACUUAAGGUGAAAUAAUAUUGAUAUACAGGUAAACGACACGUAUGGCCAAAAGCGUUAAGAAUAAUGUGAUGUCUCAGAAGUAAAAUGGAUAAAAGUGCCUCCUCACCGUAUAGGUCAUUAAGGCAAUACAAGAUAAACUACAAAAUGUCUCAUUUAGAAAGUGUACCUGUAGGCUCAUUGACUUAAGCAGUGGAAAGAGGCUUAAUGGCAAAUAUGAUGUGAACUAGAGAUUUGUACUGAUUGACAUGAGGGUUAUGUCUUUAGGAAGGGUGCUUCCAUUGUGUAUCGCCAGUGUGAUGCAGAACAGAUAAUGUUUUGCUAUCUUGGUAACUUGUUUAUUUAAAAAUUAAUUAUAUAUGGAAAUAAAAGUGAACUUAGUGACAUUAUGCAGUCAAAAUUUUUACUCUGGGAAGGUAUUAUUUUGAUACAUAGAUAAUCACAGGCAAUUUGGAAGCAUGUAGGUUUGUUAUUUUUUGAAAUACUGUAAUGUUGAACCCCUAAAAAAUCAUGGUCUGUGAUUUGCAUUUCAAAUAUGAUGACAAAUCUGGGUUGUAUUAAUGAAAGCACUGGAACUGGCAUGGUCGGUCGUGAGGAUUGUUUAAUGCCUUUUCUCUAGGCUACCUGAUUUUCUGUAAUGUCAUGAGAACAAGAAUUUCUCCAGUGUGUGCAGUAAGAUACAAAAUGGAAUGGAAGCAAGCUUUUGGCUAAACUCCCACCUUAAAAGAGUGCCUGCUCUUUAGUAUUGGCACUAGAAUCUUUUCAGCCAUGUGAUGCUAUAUUUAGUAGUAAAUAGUUAUAGAUAUAUAGAUUAUGAAAGUUUUAUUUAUAUACUGUGUAGUAUAUUCCUGGUUUUCCAGUCCCUUUAUAUUUUUUAUGAAAUUAUCAAAAUUCUCUCUCUCUCUCUCUCUCUCUCUCUCUCUCUCUCUCUCUCUCUCUCUCUCUCUCUCUCUCUCUCUCUCUCUCUCUCUCUCUCUCUCAGCAUAAA